CUCCAUAACUACCAAACAAACACUUCUCCCUCUCUCUCUCUCUCUCUACCAAAAAUAUCUGAAACACCUUUACCUUUCUCUCUCUCUCUCUCUCUCUCGCUACCAGCUUCAAUGGCGUCUUUGCUCGACUCCGUCACUGUCACUCGCGUUUAUGCUUUUCCGAUCACGGCUUCCCGUUCUUCCGCUUCCGCGGUUUCGUCGGUUUCUGUACGCCGGAUGUAUCCAGCGGGGCUGCCGGGUUUCAGCGGGCUGAAGGUUCGGCGGAGUUUGUUCACUCGGCCCUUCGGCUCGGUGAGUCAGGGUCCAAGCCGCAGAUCGGAUUUCGCUCGCGGUGGACGAAUUGUCUGCGAGGCUCAGGAUACCGCCGCCGCCGUCGAAGUACCCGAAAUCUCAGACUCAGAUUGGCAAUCACUCGUGAUUGAAUCCAAGAGCCCCGUUCUAGUCGAAUUCUGGGCUCCGUGGUGUGGACCAUGCCGUAUGAUCCACCCUAUAGUUGAUCAACUGGCCAACGACUUUGCAGGUAAAUUAGAUUUCUACAAAGUUAACACUGACGAGAGCCCGAACAUUGCCAAUCGCUGCGGGAUACGGAGCAUUCCAACGGUGAUGAUAUUCAAAGGCGGCGAGAAAAAGGACAGUAUCAUAGGAGCUGUCCCGAAAGAGACGCUGGAGAAGAGCAUAGAGAAGUUCUUGUAGAUGAAAAAAGGUAUGGUCUUGUCGCCAUUGCCAUUACCUAUUUUAAACUUAACACAUGUUCCACGCCAAGGUAAGCACGAAGAAGAAGUAUAUUUAAAUGUAUACUUGAAUCGAAAUGCAUUCUUGUGUUUGUCUGUCCAUUGCGUAUAACUGUAUCUGUGCUUCCAUAGGAUGUCUAUCUAUCCACGAUGUUUGGUUUGGUUUGGUUUUGAUUAACCGAACCGAAAUGGCCACGGACA